AUGGCAAUAUCAGAUACAGACGCUCCCAUUCUUCACGGAAACUCGACAACCGUGGAAUCGGACAUCGCACGGCAUCCCGAGAGGAAAAAACUGGAAUGCCAUUGGAACGAGCGGAACGAAAAGACCCCUGCCAUCAAUUCUGAGGCCCGUAAAACUCCCGCCGCUACGGAAGCCACUGCUGGCAUAUCUGUUCCUCGUGGACAACAACCAGCACAGGUCGAGCUGCUGUCAGAGCGUGAUAUCGAACGAUUGGGCAGGGAGCGUCCAAGUUCAUUUAAAAAUGCUUGGACUGAGAUCGCGUUUGUGUUUUCGAUUUCCAUGUCUCAAGUCCUUGCGGAGUAUUUCAUCUCCGGUUUCAAUGUAGUGCUGCCAUCUCUAGUCGAGGAGUUGAACAUUGCCGAAUCCUCCGCAGUCUGGCCUGCAAGUGCAUUUUCACUCGUGGUAGCCGCGACGUUGCUGAUUUUUGGGCGAAUUUCUGAUAUGAUUGGCGGCUACCCGGUAUACGUUUUUGGCAUGGCAUGGCUAUUUGUCUGGUCUGUCGUUGCCGGGUUCUCGCGGAACCGAUUGAUGUUGAUCUUUUGCCGGACGCUGCAAGGAAUCGGCCCAGCUGCUUAUCUUCCUUCGAGUAUGAUGCUGCUUGCAAAAGUAUACAGACCAGGCCCGAGGAAAAAUAUGCGCGCAUGCCCCUGA